AAUACACUCCGCUGCUGGUUGCUGUCAAUUCAGGUUGUCAGUGAUUUCGCUAUCAAACAGCUACAGGGAAAAUGUCGCAGAGCAGAUGAUGACCUUUCUGGACCUGGGAUAAUCAGACACGCUGAAGCCCACCUUUGCUACAAUGACGUGGCAGUAUGGGUAACCAGAAUGUGAGAGGUCACCAUCUCUGGCCGACAAGUUGCAUGCCAGGUAUCAACCGUAACAUCGAUUCUGACGUCCCGCUCCAGAGCAGCGGGUCAGAGGAGGAGGGAGAUGUUGAUAAUGUGACAUGGCGGGAACUUGAAAAUGCUGUUGUGAACAACGACGGAGAAUGUCUAGAUCAACUGAUCAACUGUGGUGCAAAUAUCAAUACGCCACUGAAUGAAAAAGGAGAAACGGCAUUGAUUCUGUCAGUGAAACUUACUCAUUUACAGCUGGUACGUAUCUUACUUGCACAGACUGUAUGUAAAAAGAACUGUUUGAAUGUGAAUAACUGUUCAGCAUUAGACCUUGCUAUCAUCACUGCCUUCGACAAUCGUCUGGAGCCACGCCAUAACUUGGCAUGGCAGAUCAUCAAGUGCCUUAUGGAGGCCAAUUCCGAACCAGUCUGUAAAGAUGCCAUGAUGUAUGUCAUACGAACUGCCUUGAAAUACAAUGAUGAGUUGUUUCUGUACAGGCUCAUACAGGCUGCCAUUGACUGUUCAAAGUCAUUUAAAUUUCAUGAGCUUCUCCUCCAGAAACUACACAGACAUCAGCCAAUUUACAUGGAUAGCAUAGACCCAUUGUUGAUGAAUGCAUCAGACUUCAGUGUGAAACUGGUACGUUAUGGGGUACCCUCAGAUCUUGAAUAUGUGGUGAAUUCCUUUAUGUACUACCUGGAAUCUUACUGGGACUCCAAGGAGAACAAGAGCAGUGUCUUACAGAAGUUGAUCCUGUAUUCUACAGCUGCGGGUUGGUGCUGGUCUCAGCAACAGAUAUCUCAUAUUCACCAGGUCAACCCUGCUGUUGGGCGCUGGUGUAGUCGACAACUCACCAAUCCCCAGUCAUUGGGCCAUCUAGCACGCAAAAAAAUUCGAAGAAGUCUUGGAACUGAUAUCUCAUUAGGAAUCAGCAGUCUGCCGUUUCAGCUACCAGAGUGUCUCAAAUUGUACCUCAUUCUCAAGGAUGUUGACGAGAUCUUGAACAGCAGGAUUCCAAUUAAAGAAAUAUUUCUCUAACUGUUAAAACUAUGUUUAUAUUUGUACCAUUGGUGAUAUUAUAUUUAUACUGUCUUGGUCAAUAGUAAUUCUGCAGCAUUUUGAAGUUUUCUACAGUUAGAUAACCAUACCCUAUUAGAGAAGGACUAGCGCUUGUAGCUGAAAAAGAUUUAAUUUUCUAAAGCCAGUGAAAUAAAUAUUGUUUACGAUACAGCUGAUACUUCAGAUUUUGUAUAAAAUAAAUUUGUUAAUUUUCACAAAAAUUAAGGAACACAAUUCGCCAAUCAGUAUUGUAGAAUUAGUAAAACUUGAAAUGUGCAUACAUAUAUAUAUAUAUUGGUACUACAGUAGUAUAUAAAUAUGUAUCAAAAUUUAUCAAGUGUAUAACAUAGUGCAGAUGCCAAAACAUUAGUGUGAGAUUUUUUUUUACUACACAAGUUUUUUUUAUUUCGGAAUUACAUAUAUGUGUGCACCCUAACUUAGAAUUGUAUUCAUUAUGUGGUACUCAUUCUGUCAAUGUUUUUUUUUUAUCUUAAUACUAUUUAAAAUUAGAAAUGCUUCGUUUA